GAAACCAUUGAAUAUAGUUUUACUUAGUUUAUAAUAAAUCAAUGACCAUUUGCAUGGCUCUAAUAGGUGUUGUCACAUUACAUCUUUCAGCAACUUCGAUACUGCAGAGCAUCUCUGACACUUUCAUCUAAAAAUAACAAUUCUACCAUUUUAUAAUUCCCAAUUUGACUAUAUGUCCCUCUAUUAUCAUAUUUUCCAAACCUUCUUUUCACAAACAAAAAAAAGCAAAAUCUGAAAACUCUUUCUUUUUUCCAGUUUUCACUUUCCUACAUGACAGUCACGUGUGCUUUGUUACCCUUUUGUCACUUUCUCUGGAAAAUCUCAACCAACCCAAUUUUAAGUGCUCAUGUGCAAGUACAAAGUUAACCCAUUUCUCAAGUUUCUAACUUUCCACUAACCAACCAUAAAGUUUCAAAUUUUGUUCACUCUCUAGCCAUAGCCACACUACAUUUGUUCAUUUGUUUUAGAAAUUUCAAAUGGAUGGUGAAUACAACUUCUCUUCAGUGUCCUUAACAUCAAAACCUUCAUUUGAAACACAAAUGAGUCCAAAAUCACCACUUCCUGGGUUUGUAGAUUUUCAUGGGAAGAGGAAACAGAUGGUGAAGAUUCAAGGUUUGGAAAGAGAGAUUAAUUUACUUCAGGAAGAGUUAAAAUUACUAGAAGGUGUUCAUUCAGCUUCAACAUGCUGCAAAGAGCUUGAUGAUUUUGUAGGCUCUAUGUCAGAUCCCUUCACACUCACAGGAAAGCUCAAAAUCUCUGAAUCUCAUUACUUCAAGAAGCAGAUCAGUCUUCCUUGGAUAUGCUGCUCCUGCAAAUGCUUUCUUCAUAAGAAAAUUGCAAAGGGAUGUUGUUGUUCAUGCUGUUCAUCAUCAAAAUCCAAGUGUUUUGGUAGCAGUUGCUUGAAGAGUACUAGAUUGUCGAAAAUUGUUGCUAAGUUUUGAAGUUCUUACACACAUCUUGUGUUUUAUGUUGUUUGUGUUAUUCUUUGUAAAGAUGAUAUGAACCUAUGUUUUGGUUGUUAGAAUUAUUAGUAUUGUUAAACAUUUUAUGAAUAACUGAAAAAUAUCAUAAGUUCAAGAAGGAAACAUUAACAUACAAAACAUCAUGAAUGAAAAAAACAAA